AUGGCUUCCCCGCCUAGCUCCGGGCAGCCCGGGCCGCCGCCGCCGCCGCCACCGCCGCCCGCGCGCCGGCUGCUGCUCCUGCUGCUGCCGCUGCUGCUGCCGCUCGCGCCCGGGGCCUGGGGCUGGGCGCGGGGUGCCCCCCGGCCGCCGCCCAGCAGCCCGCCGCUCUCCAUCAUGGGCCUCAUGCCGCUCACCAAGGAGGUGGCCAAGGGCAGUAUCGGGCGCGGCGUGCUCCCCGCGGUGGAACUGGCCAUCGAGCAGAUCCGCAACGAGUCGCUCCUGCGCCCCUACUUCCUCGACCUGCGACUCUACGACACCGAGUGUGACAAUGCAAAAGGGUUGAAAGCCUUCUACGAUGCAAUAAAAUACGGGCCGAACCACUUGAUGGUGUUUGGAGGAGUCUGUCCGUCUGUUACAUCCAUCAUCGCAGAGUCCCUCCAAGGCUGGAAUCUGGUACAGCUGUCCUUUGCUGCCACCACGCCUGUUUUAGCAGAUAAGAAGAAAUACCCUUACUUCUUUCGGACGGUCCCAUCAGAUAACGCGGUGAAUCCAGCCAUCCUGAAGUUGCUGAAGCACUACCAGUGGAGACGGGUGGGCACGCUGACCCAGGAUGUGCAGCGCUUCUCAGAGGUGAGAAACGACCUGACUGGGGUUCUGUAUGGUGAGGACAUCGAGAUUUCAGACACCGAGAGCUUCUCCAAUGAUCCCUGCACCAGUGUCAAAAAGCUGAAGGGCAAUGACGUGCGGAUCAUCCUCGGCCAGUUUGACCAGAAUAUGGCAGCAAAAGUGUUCUGUUGUGCAUAUGAAGAGAAUAUGUAUGGGAGCAAAUACCAGUGGAUCAUCCCGGGCUGGUAUGAGCCUUCCUGGUGGGAGCAGGUGCACGCAGAAGCCAACUCCUCGCGUUGUCUCCGGAAGCAUCUGCUUACUGCCAUGGAGGGCUACAUCGGUGUGGACUUCGAGCCCCUGAGCUCCAAGCAGAUCAAGACCAUCUCUGGAAAGACGCCACAGCAGUAUGAGAGAGAAUACAACAACAAGCGAUCGGGAGUAGGACCCAGCAAGUUCCACGGGUAUGCCUACGACGGCAUCUGGGUCAUCGCCAAGACGCUCCAGAGGGCUAUGGAGACACUGCAUGCCAGCAGCCGGCACCAGCGGAUCCAGGACUUCAACUACACGGACCACACGCUGGGCAAGAUCAUCCUCAAUGCCAUGAACGAGACCAACUUCUUCGGGGUCACGGGUCAAGUUGUAUUCCGGAACGGGGAGAGAAUGGGGACCAUUAAAUUUACUCAAUUUCAAGACAGCCGGGAGGUGAAGGUGGGAGAAUACAAUGCUGUGGCUGACACCCUGGAGAUCAUCAACGACACCAUUAGGUUCCAAGGGUCUGAACCACCAAAAGACAAGACCAUCAUCCUGGAGCAGCUUCGUAAGAUCUCCCUGCCUCUCUACAGCAUCCUCUCUGCCCUUACCAUCCUGGGAAUGAUCAUGGCCAGUGCGUUUCUCUUCUUCAACAUCAAGAAUCGGAAUCAGAAGCUGAUAAAGAUGUCGAGUCCAUAUAUGAACAACCUUAUCAUCCUGGGAGGAAUGCUUUCCUAUGCAUCCAUCUUUCUCUUUGGCCUUGAUGGGUCCUUUGUCUCUGAAAAGACUUUCGAAACCCUUUGCACCGUCAGGACCUGGAUUCUCACCGUGGGCUACACCACCGCCUUCGGGGCAAUGUUUGCAAAGACAUGGAGAGUCCACGCCAUCUUCAAAAAUGUGAAAAUGAAGAAGAAGAUCAUCAAGGACCAGAAACUGCUUGUGAUCGUCGGGGGCAUGCUGCUGAUUGACCUCUGCAUCCUGAUCUGCUGGCAGGCUGUAGACCCCCUGAGAAGGACGGUGGAGAGGUACAGCAUGGAGCCGGACCCAGCAGGACGGGACAUCUCCAUCCGGCCUCUCCUGGAGCACUGUGAAAACACCCACAUGACCAUCUGGCUUGGCAUCGUCUAUGCCUAUAAGGGGCUUCUCAUGUUGUUCGGUUGUUUCUUAGCUUGGGAGACCCGCAACGUCAGCAUCCCCGCGCUCAACGACAGCAAGUACAUCGGGAUGAGUGUCUACAACGUGGGGAUCAUGUGCAUCAUCGGGGCGGCCGUCUCCUUCCUGACCCGGGACCAGCCAAACGUGCAGUUCUGCAUCGUGGCCCUGGUCAUCAUCUUCUGCAGCACCAUCACCCUCUGCCUGGUGUUCGUGCCGAAGCUCAUCACUCUGAGAACAAACCCAGACGCAGCAACUCAGAACAGACGAUUCCAGUUCACUCAGAAUCAGAAGAAAGAAGAUUCUAAAACCUCCACCUCAGUCACCAGCGUGAACCAAGCAAGCACAUCCCGCCUAGAGGGCCUGCAGUCAGAAAACCAUCGCCUGCGAAUGAAGAUCACAGAGCUGGACAAAGACUUGGAAGAGGUCACCAUGCAGCUACAGGACACACCAGAAAAGACCACCUACAUUAAACAGAACCACUACCAAGAGCUCAAUGACAUCCUCAACCUGGGGAACUUCACCGAGGGCACAGAUGGGGGAAAGGCCAUUUUAAAAAAUCACCUCGAUCAAAAUCCCCAGCUACAGUGGAACACAACAGAGCCCUCUCGAACAUGCAAAGAUCCUAUAGAAGAUAUAAACUCCCCAGAACACAUCCAGCGCCGGCUGUCCCUCCAGCUCCCCAUCCUCCACCACGCCUACCUCCCGUCCAUUGGAGGCGUGGACGCCAGCUGUGUCAGCCCCUGCGUCAGCCCCACCGCCAGCCCCCGUCACAGACAUGUGCCACCCUCUUUCCGAGUUAUGGUCUCGGGCCUGUGA